AUGAACGGCACCAGUGGAUCCUCGCUCUGCUUCCCCAACCUCAACUCCUCCUGCAGACGCCUGCUACGACCACAGUCUGAGACCACUCUGCUCUACACGCUGCUCUUCUCCGUCUCCCUGUUGACUGUGAUGCUCAACUCACUCGUCGUCUUCUCCAUCUCCCACUUCCGGCAGCUCCAGACUCCGACCAACACCCUGCUGCAGUCUCUGGCGGUGUCUGACCUGCUGCUGGGGCUGCUGGUGAUGCCUGUUGAAGGCCUGCGCUACAUAGAGACAUGCUGGCUGCUGGGGAGGCUCAUGUGUGCUCUGAGCCCGUACAUUUUAUACAGUCUGAUCUCAACCUCUUUGGGCCACAUGGUGCUCAUAUCCGUCAUUCGUUAUCUGACUAUCUGUGACCCACUUCAGAACACCCUGAAGAUCACCAUGACUAAUGUUAAUAUAUGUAUCUGUAUUUGCUGGACCUCUGCAAACGUCUACAAUGGACUAGUCCUAAUGGAACAUUUACAGCAGCCUUACAGAUUCAGCUCCUGCCAUGGGGAGUGUAUCGUUGUCAUUAACCACAUUCCAGGAACAGCUGACCUUUUUAUCACCUUUGUUGUGCCCUGUACUGUUAUGAUUGUGCUGUAUGUCAAAGUCUUUGUGGUGGCUCUGUCUCAGGUGCGUCUAAUUCAGUCACAGACCGCUGCUUCCAGUGUCAGAGCCGCUCCAACAGCCAAGAGAUCCCAGAGGAAGGCAGCCAGGACUCUGGGGAUUCUGGUAGUUGUGUUUCUAAUGUGUUUCUGCCCGUCCUACUACCCCACACUUAUAGGUGAAGACAACUCCACCAGCUGGUCAUAUACCUCCAUCAUAACUUGGAUCAUGUUAAUUAACUCUUGUUUAAAUCCACUGAUUUAUGCUCUGUUCUAUCCCUGGUUUAGAAAAGCUAUCAAGCUCAUUUUUACCUUCAGAAUAAUGCAGGCCCACUCUCAGGAUGUCAGUAUGAUGUAAAUGGUGCUUAAAGUACAAUGUGACUGAGCUCUCACAUAAAACAGAAACAGACUCAUCAAGUUUCCACCUGUGUUAAACCUCUUAUUUUUGAUUGUUUAUAAUUAUUUACAGCACAUGCUGAACAUA